GUCAGGAUCACUGCAACACACUCGCACACCUUGAAACGACCGUUCCCAGGCACUUCCAACCCGCAAUCACCCGAGUUUCGAAGAAACCGCCCAGCAUGGAGUCCGAGUCCGAGCAUGAGCACCGCGAUGACGAGAGUGUAGCAGCAUCUGAGCAUGAGGAGGAGGUUGAGGAGACGAAGCCAAAGUCUGCGCUGAAGAAGCCCAAGGAGGUGGUUGCGCCUGUAGAACGCCCAGAGCUUCCCGAACAGCCAGACCCAGACACAAUAGACUUCUCCACACUGAAUCCAUUGUCCCCCGAAAUCAUCUCGCGCCAAGCCACCAUCAACAUUGGAACAAUUGGCCACGUCGCCCACGGAAAGAGUACGGUAGUCAAGGCCAUCUCUGGAGUCCAGACAGUCCGUUUCAAGAACGAGUUGGAGAGGAAUAUUACCAUCAAGCUUGGUUAUGCAAACGCAAAGAUCUACCAGUGUGACAACCCAGAGUGCCCGCGCCCAACAUGCUACCGAUCGUACAAGAGCGAGAAGGAGGUCGAUCCACCUUGCGAGCGUGAAGGCUGCGGAGGGAAAUACCGGCUGAAGCGCCAUGUGUCCUUCGUCGACUGCCCUGGUCACGACAUUCUCAUGAGCACGAUGUUGUCGGGUGCCGCCGUCAUGGACGCCGCGUUGCUCCUGAUUGCCGGAAACGAAACCUGCCCCCAACCGCAGACUAGCGAGCAUCUUGCGGCCAUCGAAAUCAUGAAGCUCAACCACAUCAUCAUUCUCCAGAACAAGGUCGAUCUGAUGCGGGAAGACAGCGCCGCCUCGCACUACGAGUCGAUCCUGAAGUUCAUCCGAGGAACAGUCGCCGACGGUUCUCCUAUCAUCCCUAUCUCUGCCCAGCUCAAGUUCAACAUCGACUCGAUCAACGAACACCUCAUCUCCAAGAUUCCCGUUCCCGUACGAGAUUUCACCGCAAAGCCCCACAUGAUUGUCAUCCGAUCCUUUGACGUCAACAAGCCCGGUGCUGAGAUCGAAGAGCUGAAGGGUGGUGUUGCUGGUGGUAGUAUCCUGACCGGUGUAUUGAAGCUGGGUGACGAGAUCGAGAUCAGGCCUGGUAUCGUGUCCAAGGAUAGCGCUGGAAAGAUUCAGUGCAAGCCCAUCUUUUCAAGAGUAGUGACUUUGUUCGCCGAGCACAACGAUCUGAAGUUUGCGGUGCCUGGAGGUCUGAUCGGUGUCGGUACACGUGUCGAUCCUACGUUGUGCCGUGCUGAUCGUCUCGUCGGUUUCGUGCUCGGUCUUCGUGGACAUCUGCCUAACAUCUACACGGAGCUUGAGGUCAACUAUUUCCUCCUCCGAAGGUUGUUGGGUGUCAAGACUGCCGACGGCAAGCAGGCCAAGGUUGCUAAGCUUGCAAAGAACGAAGUCCUCAUGGUCAACAUUGGUUCCACCGCGACUGGUGCAAAGGUCAUUGCCGUCAAGGCUGAUGCUGCUCGUCUAACAUUGACAUCUCCUGCUUGCACUGAGAUUGGCGAGAAGGUUGCCUUGUCUCGACGUAUCGAGAAGCAUUGGCGACUUAUCGGAUGGGCCAACAUUGUCGCUGGAAACAUUCUUGAGCCAAUUGUCGAUUAGGGUGGGUUAGAUAGUCUUAGCACUAGGAGUUCGAGGGG